ACCUUUUCCCACAAACGUUCAAACCACGCCAAACAUAUUCUAAUAUUCCUCGGAAUCAAAUUGACUGUACAACUUCCAACCUAAACUAGGGUUUUUCCACAGGGUUUUAUAAUAUUUCACGCCCUUCUCAUAAAUUAAGAGAAAUCUCGGCGAGAAAUGAGGACUUCGAUUGGCUUCGUCGCCGACAAUAUCGAAUCGGAUCUUCCUUCCACACGCUGAAUUUUUUUUGGGGAAGAUCUGCGGCGUUGUUUGAGUGGAGAAUUAAUAGGAAUAUUUUGUUGAUUUUCGGUUGGAAUUGAUGGAAGCUAGAGUUGGGGUGGAUGGCGGCUCAGCGGCGAGGAAGUUUCUACACCACCAAUCGCGGCCGCAGCAGCCGCAAAUAUCGCAGAUUGGCACGGUUCCGCAGCUUCUCGCCGGUGGCAUCGCCGGAGCUUUCAGCAAGACAUGUACUGCUCCUCUAGCGCGGCUCACCAUUCUGUUUCAGGUGCAAGGCAUGCAUUCAGAUGUUGCUAUAUUGAGUAAGCCUUGUAUAUGGCGUGAGGCAUUGCGUAUAGUUAAUGAGGAAGGUUUUAGGGCAUUCUGGAAAGGGAAUUUGGUUACUAUAGCUCAUCGCCUUCCUUAUUCUUCUGUCAACUUUUAUUCUUAUGAACAGUACAAAAGAAUUUUAAGAUCAAUACCGGGUCUUGAAGGUCAACAGCCACAUGCAGAUGCUGUUGUGCAUUUUGUAGGUGGUGGUUUGGCAGGAAUGACUGCUGCUUCUGCUACAUAUCCUUUAGAUCUUGUCAGAACAAGGCUGGCAGCGCAGAGGAAUGCCAUAUAUUACCAAGGUAUUAGGCAUUCAAUUCGAACCAUCUGCAGAGACGAAGGUUUUUUUGGCCUGUACAAAGGGCUAGGAGCAACAUUAUUGGGAGUUGGGCCCAGUAUAGCAAUAAGCUUUUCAGUGUACGAGAGUUUGAGAUCUUCCUGGCUCUCUCACAGGCCUGAUGACUCUACCGUAUUGGUGAGCCUUGCUUGUGGUAGUCUUUCUGGCAUUGCAUCAUCAACAGCGACAUUCCCUUUGGACCUUGUAAGGCGAAGAAUGCAAUUGGAAGGUGCUGCUGGUCGAGCCCGAGUAUACAACACUGGAUUAUUUGGAACGUUGAAACACAUUAUCCGUUCUGAAGGGCUCCGUGGCAUGUAUAGAGGGAUAAUGCCUGAAUACUAUAAGGUUGUUCCAGGUGUAGGCAUUGUUUUCAUGACAUAUGAAACAUUGAAGAAGCUUCUAGCACAAGGUCCUUUCAGUUAGUUCGAGUGCCUCGCCACAUCGUGGUUUCCCUAUUCGGUUAUCAACCUCGAAUCAACCUCCCAUGUCCCUAAGGGAACAGCGAGGGCAAGUUUUGAUUUAUAAUGCAAGGAAUGUUACUAAUAUAGUUAGAUCACUCUCAUUGGCGGCAAAUUUUGUGUUGCUGCCAAAGACGACGAUGUCUCAGUGUAAAGUCUAUUGAUAGUGUUGAAUUUUAGUAUCAAUGUAUUACUCUAGCGAGCAUCUUCUUUUGUAAUUUUAGGUCUUCUAUCUCUUUGAUGAUUUAGGUCAUACUGUAGUAGAUUUUGCUAUAACUUUUCUCAAACGUUCACACUAAAAUAGUUCUCUACGAGCUGUUGCUUUGUAUUACAAGUGAGAUAAUUUAAUUCAUUACAUUUUCUUUA